AUGUCGUUUACUAACGUUCAUCGUCGUAGCAAUACGACACAACAAAGCGUCGAACAAUGGCGUUCAAAUAUGACGACAGAUUCAGGCUCAUUGCCAAGCUGGCGUCAUCGUCGUGCUAAUUCAGCACAAGCCUCUUUACCACUGAAGCCAGUUGCAUGUUUGCCUCCUAAUCCUUUGCUAGCCAUGCAAAAGGAGAAAAGUAGCAAACAGGCUUCAGAACCACUUUUGAAUAAAGCAAGACAAGGCUCUUCUACAAUCGAAAGCAAGCGUCAUCAACCAACAAAGAGCAUUCCGUCGUUACCGCCAAUUCCAACUUCAAACGUACGAGGAAGUCGUGCUGACAAAGUAGACAAUUGGCGCAUCAAAUCAAGUACAGGCAGUGCUUCACGUCCGUCAUCUCGUUACGAAGAAAGACGUCAAUCAACAGAUUCAUUGCGUUCAAAGAUGAGCGAAGCACCAUCCUCUUCGGGUGAAUCAUGCAGUGAAGAAGAAGAGGCAAAGACUCCCAAAGAAGAACAAACACCACAAAUGCUCCCUCCAAUUCGUGUCUCCAUGGAACCUGGACCGGUGGAAGUUUUACCACCCCUUCGCUUUUCCAUGGAACCUGCGAUCAAAGGUCGUAGCCCAUGGCGAUUCGUUCUUCCUUCGCCCAAAGCCACGGUUGAAAAGGCAAGCUUUGACCUCAAAGCAGACGCUGAUGAAGAAGAAGGAGAAGUUACAAUCACCAGCUUUGACGAUUUGCCAUACUGGUUGGAAGGUAACCGAGAUGAUUUGAUCAUCCGUAUGGGAACUUCGCCUCUCAAACGUCCUCAUUCUCCUUCAGAACGCUCUUCAGCUUCUUCGAUUGCUUCAUCAGAACCUGCAUUGGAUUAUGGAGAUGAUUGUUCAAGUUUGGCUUCUUCUGCUUCCGCUUCUCCUGAUUUGGCACCACGUCAACUUGACUUCGGCUUGCCAGAAGAUGAAGAUAAUGACAAGACACCCAUGGCUGCUAAGCAUGAAUUCGCUUUACCAUCUUUUUCAGCAGCUGCUCCAUUACCCAGUCAUCUGCCUUUGCCAAGCUUCCUUUUGCGUAAAUGA